AUUAAUUUUUUGUUGGCAAAAAGCACAUUAUUAAUCUGUCCUUAGGAUUUUUGGCUAGCAGUUACUCAUUGGCUAGUGACUCUGAAUAAAUUAGACUUUGAGGUAUUCAGAUUCCCUUAGUGCCACAUCAUCAGGAACCCCACCAAAGAAUGGGGUAUAAAGGCAACUGUCCAGAGAGCCCAGAGUAUUCAUCAGAAUCCUCAGACAUUCAGCUGCUGCUGAAGCAUCAGAGAAAAAUCCUGAGAAUAUGAAGAUCUUACUGCUGACUGUGGGGCUGGCUUUAGUCUGUGGCCUCCAGGCCCUCAAAAACAACAUAGAAGACACAUCAAAGAUUCUUGGAGAGCGGUUCACUGUUGCAUUGACCUCAAAUGUGACAGCUAAAAUUGAGGAAGGAGGUAGCUUAAAGCUAUUUGUCAAAAGCACCAAUAAACAUGGUGGCGUUUUCACUGGAGUCUUCUUCAAAAGGGAAAAUGGCAAAUGCAUUCAAUUUUCUUUGACUGCUUUCAAAGGAGAUGAUGAUCAAAUGUGUUUUUACUAUGAUGGACUGAAUGAUUUCUCCCUUCAAAGUAGCGAUUCUAAACAUGCUAUGUAUAUCUUGCAUAAUGUCCACAAUGGGAAGAUGAUCAUUUGGGCAGUACUCUAUGGUAGGACUCCAGACCUGCCAGAUGAAAUAAAGCAGAAAUUUGAGGAAAUGUGUGAAAGAUUUGGAAUUAGGAAGGAUCAAAUUAGAGACCUGUCCAAUGAUGAUCGAUGUGAGAAACUUAGGUAAGGAACCUCAUCCUGGCAUGCAGG